AUGCAGAAUUGCCCAUCUCUACACGUUAUUUCCGAACAGUUCCUACGUCAAAAACGGCUUAGGAUUUUUGGAAAUAAAUAUGAUAUUUACAUCAGUGAUAUUUAUAAACCGGAUAACGGUUGUUUUGGUAUAUCACUUAAAGGCAUCGCUAAUAUUGAAGAUGAUCGAGAAAUUGGUACUUUUGGUUGUAUAAAUAUUGUUUUACCUGAUGGAAUUAUCGGAAAAGAAGGAAUAUUAAAACCUGGUGAUAUAAUUUUGCAAGUUAAUGAUGAAAUCUUAUUUGGAAAAAACCACGUUUAUAUUGUUGCACGUCUUCAAGCUAUUAAACAUCAAAUAAAACUUGUUUGUGCUCGUCAUAAAAUUGAACAAUUAACUUCAGCUGGUCAUCUUACUCAAGCUAUGGAAAAAUUACAUUUGACAAGUAAAAUUUGAUGCCGAACAACGAAAAUACAUUAAUUAGAAAUUAUUUCAAAUUUAGAUUCAUGGUCAAAUUC